GAUAUGCCCUCAAACAAAAUGGCGGCGGCAGCUUCCAUCCAUAGCGAUCGUCGUCGUCGUCGUCUCUAUGCCGGCGGCCGGCAAGGGACCGGAAGCGGAAGCGAGCUGUCAGGAAACUGAAGCAGCCGCGGCGGGCGAGAGCAGGAAAGGAGCGUGGCAGCCGCUUACAGGUGUAAGACUCCGCAGCCACCUCCGCCUCCGGAGAAGCCAUAAGGAACGGUGUUCUUUUAUAUGAUGGGAUCUCUAAUUAUACUUAUUGGAAUCUGGAUGAGCUUUUCAUUUGUGAAAGCAGAUUCAAAAGCAGUUACAACAUCCUUGACUACUAAAUGGCAUUCCACACCAUUAUUACUUGAAGCAAGUGAAUUUUUAGCCGAAGAAGGUCAAGAGAAAUUCUGGAAGUUUAUUGAAACCUGUCAAGACUUUGGAUCAUCUGAUCAUGAUGGUACUGAUUAUUCCUCUUACAAUACAAUACUGCAAGCAGCUUCCCAGCAUCUUUCACCUUUGCAACAGAACUUGUUGAAAUUUGCCUUGUCUUUACGUUCUUAUUCAGCUACGGUUCAAGCCUUUCAACAGAUAGCAGCGGAUGAGCCCCCACCAGACAGAUGCAAUGCAUUCUUUGUUGUCCAUGAAGAGAAGACUUGUGAAGCUGACAAACUUGAAAUUCUCUUACAGACGGCUUCAGAAAGGCCAAAGCCUUUCAUGUUCAAAGGAGACCACAAGUAUCCAGUUUCAAACCCAGAAAGUCCUGUUGUUAUAAUGUAUGGUCAAAUUGGUUCUGAAGAGUUUUCUCAAUUCCAUAAACUUCUUGUAUCAAAAGCUAGAGCAGGGGAAAUCACCUACAUCCUUAGGCAUUAUAUUGCUAAUCCAAGUAAAGAAAAAGUCUACCUUUCAGGCUACGGAGUGGAGUUGGCCAUUAAAAGCACGGAGUAUAAGGCCAAGGAUGAUACCCAGGUGAAAGGUACAGAUAUGAAUGCAACAGUAAUAGGUGAAAAUGAUCCCAUUGAUGAAGUGCAAGGAUUUCUGUUUGGAAAACUAAGGCAAUUACAUCCCAGUUUGAAAGAGGAAUUGAAAGAAUUAAGAAAACAUCUUAUUGAAAGCACCAAUGAAAUGGCACCCUUAAAAGUGUGGCAGUUACAAGAUCUAAGUUUUCAGACUGCUGCCCGCAUUCUUGCUGCUCCCACUGUGGAUGCUUUGAUGGUCAUGAAGGAUUUAAGUCAGAAUUUUCCCACAAAGGCUAGGGCAAUAACAAAGACAGUUGUUUCUUCAGAACUCAGAUCAGAAAUUGAAGAGAACCAAAAGUACUUCAAAGGAACUCUAGGCUUACAGCUGGGGGAUUCUGCCCUUUUUGUCAAUGGACUACAUAUAGAUCUAGAUACACAGGACAUAUUUAGCUUGUUUGAUGUCCUGAGAAAUGAAGCUCGCGUAAUGGAAGGGCUGCACAGUUUAGGAAUUGUGGGUCUUUCCAUGCACAAUGUGUUAAAGCUAAACAUCCAACCAUCAGACUCUGACUAUGCUGUAGAUAUCAGAAGUACUGCUAUUUCAUGGAUCAAUAAUCUUGAAGUUGACAGCAGGUACAAUUCCUGGCCUUCCAGUGUCCAGGAGCUGCUGCGCCCUACUUUCCCUGGUGUAAUCAGACAAAUAAGAAAAAACUUUCAUAAUCUUGUAUUCAUCAUAGACCCAUCCCAUGAGAGCUCAGCUGAAUUGCUGAGUGUGGCUGAAAUGUUCGUUAGUAACCACAUACCAUUGAGGAUUGGUCUAGUCUUUGUCGUGAAAGAUUCUGAUGACGUUGAUGGAUUACAAGAUGCUGGGGUUGCUCUCCUUCGGGCUUACAAUUAUGUUGCACAAGAAGUAGAUAAUAAUUAUGCUUUCCAGACAGUCAUAUCUAUAUAUAACAAAGUAAAUGCAGGAGAGAAACUGACAGUGGAGCAUGUGGUUAGUGUUCUUGGGAAGCAAUAUCCUUAUGUAGAAGUUAAUAGUAUCUUAGGAGUUGAUUCUGCGUAUGAUCAAAACAGGAAGGAAGGACGUGGUUACUAUGAACACGGUGUGGGCCUCUCCCCUAUAGUGCUUUUUAAUGGAUAUUUACAUUCUUGGAUUCCAAAGAAACCAGACAGCUGCAGUUGUUCCAACCGCAUGACUUACUUGACCAAGAAAGGAAUGUCUUCCAAGGAGAUUUAUGAUGAUUCUUUUAUAAGGCCAGUAACUUUCUGGAUUGUUGGUGACUUUGACAGACCUUCUGGAAGACAGCUUUUAUAUGAUGCUAUCAAACACCAGAAAUCCAGUAACUAUGUCCGGAUUGGAGUGAUUAACAACCCUACUGAAGAUCCAGCCAGUGAGAAUACAGUUAUUGCUAGGGCCAUCUGGGCAGCCUUGCAGACACAAACAUCUAACAAUGCCAAAAAUUUUAUCACAAAGCUAGCUAAAGAGGAGAAUGCAAAAGCACUGGAAGAUGGAGCUGAUGUCACAAAAUUUGCUGUUGGGGGUAUGGAUAUCAGUAUUUUUAAAGCUGCCUUUGAAUCUUCUAAAGUGGAUUUUAUCCUGUCACAUGCUAUGUACACCAGGGAUGUUCUUAAACUGAAGAAAGGACAGAGGGCAGUGAUCAGCAAUGGAAGGAUUAUUGGUCCUUUAGAAGAUGGUGAGCUUUUCAACCAGGAUGACUUCCACUUGCUAGAGAAUAUUAUUUUAAAGACGUCUGGGCAGAAAAUAAAAUCUCAUAUUCAACAGCUAGGAGUUGAGGAAGAUCUUGCAAGUGAUCUUGUAAUGAAGGUAGAUGCUCUUCUGUCUGCUCAGCCAAAAGGAGAAGCAAGAAUUGAAUACCAUUUUUUUGAAGACAAACACAGUGCAAUUAAAUUGAGACCAAAGGAUGGAGAAACAUAUUUUGAUGUUGUGGCUAUUGUUGACCCUGCCACCAGAGAUGCACAAAGACUCACUCCACUUCUUAUGGUGUUGAACAAACUAAUAAACAUGAACCUCAGAGUAUUUAUGAAUUGUCAGUCCAAGCUUUCUGAGAUGCCUCUGAAAAGUUUUUAUCGCUAUGUUUUGGAGCCAGAGAUCACUUUCACAGCAGACAAACUCUUUGCUCCUGGUCCAGUUGCCAAAUUUCUGGAUAUGCCUCAAUCUCCCUUGUUUACUCUGAAUCUAAACACUCCAGAGAGCUGGAUGGUGGAGUCUGUAAGAACAUCAUAUGAUCUUGACAAUAUUUAUUUAGAAGAGGUGGAGAGUGUAGUUGCUGCUGAGUAUGAGUUAGAGCACCUUCUUUUGGAGGGACACUGCUAUGAUAUCACUACGGGGCAGCCCCCACGUGGUCUGCAGUUCACACUGGGAACAUCAACAGAUCCUGUUGUUGUUGACACCAUUGUUAUGGCCAACUUAGGUUAUUUUCAGUUAAAAGCCAAUCCUGGUUCCUGGUUUCUGAGGCUCAGAAGGGGAAGAUCUGAUGAUAUCUAUAGGAUUUACAGCCAUGAUGGUACAGAUUCGCCUCCAGAUGCCAGUGAUGUUGUCGUUGUUAUCAACAAUUUCAAGAGUAAAAUUAUUAAAGUGAAGGUUCAAAAGAAAUUAGAUAUGAUAAAUGAAGAUUUACUAAGUGAUGGAACUAAUGAAAAUGAGUCUGGAUUUUGGGAAUCUCUUAAAUGGGGAUUUACAGGUGGACAGAAGAAAGAAGAGGUGAAACAGGAUAAGGAUGACGUAAUCAACAUAUUUUCUGUUGCAUCAGGCCAUCUAUAUGAGAGAUUUCUCCGCAUAAUGAUGCUAUCUGUAUUGAAAAAUACAGACACUCCAGUGAAGUUCUGGUUCCUGAAGAAUUACCUGUCACCUUCAUUUAAGGAAUUUAUCCCAUACAUGGCUGAAAAGUACAAUUUCCAGUAUGAGCUUGUCCAGUACAAAUGGCCACGAUGGCUUCACCAACAGACAGAGAAGCAGCGCAUCAUCUGGGGUUAUAAAAUCCUUUUUCUGGAUGUUCUUUUCCCCCUUGCUGUUGACAAAUUCCUGUUUGUUGAUGCUGAUCAGAUUGUACGCACUGACCUGAAAGAGCUAAGAGAUUUCAACUUGGAUGGGGCUCCUUAUGGCUACACACCAUUCUGUGAAAGUCGCAGAGAGAUGGAUGGCUACAGAUUCUGGAAGUCUGGAUACUGGGCAAGUCACUUGGCUGGAAGAAAAUAUCAUAUCAGUGCUCUCUAUGUUGUGGAUCUGAAAAAAUUCAGGAAGAUAGCUGCUGGAGAUCGGCUCAGGGGACAAUAUCAAGGACUUAGCCAGGAUCCCAACAGUCUCUCUAAUCUUGAUCAGGACUUACCCAACAACAUGAUCCAUCAGGUGCCCAUUAAAUCACUCCCCCAAGAGUGGCUUUGGUGUGAAACAUGGUGUGAUGAUGCUUCAAAGAAGAGAGCAAAAACCAUUGAUCUAUGCAAUAACCCAAUGACCAAAGAACCAAAGCUGCAGGCAGCAAUGAGGAUUGUUCCUGAGUGGCAAGAUUAUGAUCAAGAAAUUAAGCAGUUGUACAGCCGUUUUCAGCAAGAGAAAGAAUUGGGAACACAUGUAACAACUAAUGAAACAAAACAACAGAGUCAAGAAGAAAAUGCACAUAUGGAAUUAUGAUCUAUGGUGUUAACCAAGUGAGACUAUUUCAUAGACAAUUUUUCUAUCAAAUGCUAGUUUUUUCUAGUAUGUUUGCGAAACUGUUGAGACACUGAAGGGACGUUGAUAAUGUGUUCAGAUUGCAUUUGAUUUUGGCAGAUGGAAUAGGACCUGGAUGAUUUGGAUUAGUGUAACUGGUUUUCUUUGCAUCUACAAGAGAUGGAAGACUCCACAGAGGAAUACAGAAAUUUAGUCAUGACUGAAAUAUGUUGAAGAACAGCAGUUUCUUCAUCCAGCUUUUGGCUGAGUAUACCACUGGAUGUCAAAAUUUUUGUGGUCACCUGUUUUUUUUCCCAGGAGCCCAGAGAAAAGCUUCUACUUAGAGGGUGGAACAAUGAGGAUACACAGGCACUUUUCUCAUUCAUUGUUCUGAGGUAGAGCUAACUCUUUCAGGUUUGAACAGUGAUUCUUAUGCCUUGAACUGAUUGACAUUGUCAUGAGUAUCAAAUGGAUUCUGUCCUCCUCCCCAUUUAUAUCCUUGAUCCUGGUAGAAGAGUCACAGUUCUUGUAUUUAAAAUGAGAUGCAUUGUGAAUAUUACAUUUAAUAACUCUUGUAAAACAAAAUAACAAAGCAGUCUAUCCAACUUCAGAAAUAUACAUUUGCAAGUAAGUGUAUAUUUUAAUGAUGCAACAAUGUGUGGCAUCUAACACUGUUUUUUCCAUUGUAGUAAUGUUCAGCAGGUUUGCCAUAUUAGUCUGUUAUAGCAAAAUAACAAAGAGUCUUGUAAUGUAAAGGUGCCACGUGACUUUUUGUCAUUUUUCCACUGCAGACUUAAGAGGAUAGUUUCUCUCAACUAUUGAAAACUGCAAAGAUGAUAGGGCAUUUUUCUGAAUCUGUAGCUUUCAUGAAUGUAUUUUUGUUUAUGCAAAUCUGUGGAUUUUUUUCUGAUUAUGUUGAGUUUCCCAAGUUUGAUUUUUCUCAAACAAAAGAAUGAUGUCAGGUCAAUAAAGCUUUAGAGUUCCUACA